UGCCAUCGCUCUCCUACGGUACUGCUGCCUACCGCGCGUCUCGUCCCUUCGCUGCCGCUCUAUCUAUCUCGGCCGGAGCCAUGGGCGGCGGUGGCGCGGCGCUGCUGCUGCUGGUGAUGUGGGCGGGCGUGGCGUCGGCGGCCGUGUACGAGGUGGGCGGCACGAUUGGGUGGACCGUCAUGGGCAACCCCGACUACGCCGCCUGGGCCAGCUCCAAGCAGAUCGUCAUCGGCGACACUGUUGUGUUCACGUAUAACAAGCAGUUCCACAACGUGCUGGCGGUGAGCAAGGCGGACUACAAGAACUGCAUCGCCACCAAGCCGACGGCCACCUGGUCCACGGGGAACGAUUCCGUCGUCCUCAACACCACGGGCCACCACUACUUCCUCUGCGGCUACCCGGGCCACUGCGCUGCCGGCCAGAAGGUGGACAUCCGCGUCGCCUCCUCUGCUGCCCCUUCCGCCGCACCGUCGCCGACCCCCUCCGGCUCCAAGCCCUCCGGCGGCGCCACGGCCGCGCCGUCGCCGCACCCUAACGCCGCGCCGAAGGCCCUCUCCGCCAGCUCCGUAGCCGCGGCUGUCGCCACGUCCCUGCUCUCCCUGGCCGCGGCCGUGCUGGCAUGAUCACUUGAUCAGGAUCGUGUAGUGCUGGCCAGGGGACGGCGCCUUUGUGAAUUGUGAGAGCUCGUACUGUGUCUGUGUGACUGUCUCUGUGGCCGUAUGAGCAUUUAGCCCUGGAUCUGUGUUUGUUACUCUGUCUUGCUGACUUUGCUUCGGGAACAUCGAUUAUCU